UUCAGUCGCACGUUCCUGCGGCCUCUCGGGCUUCCUUCCUCCCUCCCUCCUGUCCCGGUAGCCGGCGGAGAGCAGAGCCAUGCGGAAGGAAGUGGACUCAGAUCCCAGGACCAACGGAAAGGCUCGGCCCCUGGCUCGCCUUCCGUCUGUGCCUGCGUCUGCUCUCGCGCGGCCGCGGCCUUUGGAGGGUCCCGCGUCCCCGCCCCCAGACCUGCCCAGGGGUGAACCCGGCCCUCACACUGGAAGGCGAGGGUUCCGGCCACUGUGAGCGAGGACCAGGGCGCCGCCUGGGGGGAUCCAGGAGCGGACCCGCGGGCAAGGUCGGGGGGGUGGGCGCGCACGGAUUCCGAAUAGCGGGCAAGAAGCUUGUGGGGCUGGGCCCCAGAUUCGCUGAGGCGGGUAGCAUUGGAGGGUGUGGGGAGUAGGCGGAGGCGUAGCAGGAAACGCCCCGGGCCUGGCCCGGAGGGCAGGCCUGGGGUCUCAGUGCAGGGGAUGCACCGGGCGGUGUCCGGUCGGCUUGCCUGGCCCGCUCACCUCGCCCUGGCGGCGCGUCUGGCCUAGGACUCAGGGGGCGGGGACGCGGAACCGCGAGCCUUUGGAUUCCGAGGCCGCCCCCUCCUGCUCCAGGGCCUGCGGAGGUGCGGCAAGCGACAGCAUGAGAGCGGGCGCCGCUCUUCCACGCCUGCGGACGCGCGGCGAGCGGCGGCGGCUGUGCCUCCUUGUGCCAUGCGGACUACCAGGGGCCGAGCGGCGAGCCGGCGGCGCGGGCGCAGGAGAUUACCCCAGACUUCCUCCGUGCUGGCGGCCGCCGGCCUGAUGUGCACGGCACUGGCCGCCUAUGCCUGCUGGGGGCAGUUGCCGCCGCUGCCCUGGGCAUCCUCGGCCCCGCCGUGCCCCGUGGGCGUGCUGCUUUGGUGGGAGCCCUUCGGCGGGCGCGGCGGUGCCGUGAGGCCGCCGCCCGACUGCCGACUGCGCUUCAAUAUCAGCGGCUGCCGCCUGCUCACCGACCGCGCAGCCUACGGGGAGGCCCAGGCUGUGCUUUUCCACCACCGGGACCUCGUGAAGGGACCUCCCGACUGGCCCCCGCCCUGGGGGAUUCAGAGGCGCACAGCAGAGGAGCUGGAGCUGCGGGUAUUAGACAACGAGGAGGCGGCGGCGGCGGCCGAAACCUUGGCGGUCUGGGGCUCCAGACCCCCGGGCCAGCGUUGGGUGUGGAUGAACUUCGAGUCGCCUUCCCACUCCCCUGGGCUGCGAAGCCUGGAAAGCAGCCUCUUCAACUGGACGCUCUCCUACCGGGCAGACUCGGACGUCUUUGUGCCUUAUGGCUACCUCUACCCCAGGAGCCACCCCAGCGACCAACCGCCAGCCCUGGUCCCGCCACUGGCCCGGAAACGGGGUCUGGUAGCCUGGGUGGUGAGCCACUGGGACGAGCGCCAGGCUCGGGUCCGCUACUACCACCAGCUGAGCCAGCACGUGUCGGUGGACGUGUUCGGCAGGAGCGGGCCAGGGCAGCCUUUGCCCAACGGCGAGCUCCUGCCCACGGUGGCCCGCUACAAGUUCUACCUGGCCUUCGAGAACUCGCAGCACCUGGAUUAUAUCACCGAGAAGCUCUGGCGCAACGCGUUGCUGGCAGGGGCGGUACCGGUGGUGCUGGGCCCGGAUCGUGCCAACUACGAGCGUUUCGUGCCCCGCGGCGCCUUUAUCCAUGUGGACGACUUCCCUAGUGCAGCCUCCCUGGCCGCCUACCUGCUCUUCCUGGACCGGCACCCAGCCGCCUAUCGCCGCUACUUCAACUGGCGCCGGAGCUACGCUGUGCACAUCACUUCCUUCUGGGACGAGCCCUGGUGCCGGGUCUGCCAGGCUGUGCAGAGGGCUGGGGACCGGCCCAAGAGCAUACACAACUUGGCCCACUGGUUUGAGCGGUGAAGCUGCCCGCCCUCGGGUGUGACCCAGGGAGGCCAAGUCUUCAACUUUUUGAUGCUCUGCUGUCCAUCACCUUGACUGCCGAAUUAUGGAACUAAGUUCUCCAAACACCCAUUUUUUGUUAUAUGAGGAAAAGGUGAUUUACCAAUUGUUAUUAUGUACUACGACGGGGUGGGAGGGAUCCCCAGUUCUCCUGUAUUUUGCACAACUAGCAAUCAGGCUCCUUCUGCCAUUGGUGGUUAUCAGUGUUCAGGAGUGGGGAUGGGGCCCUACCUCACCUGGUAAAGUGUGCAAAAGUGAAGAAAUAGCUAAACUACAAGAUGCCAUUGAGUCCGUUGCUCUGAAUUUCCUCAUCUGCCACAGGUCAUUUUUGUGGCCAGUGCCUCCAAAUCUCAUACUGCUUUGUGACUUACAUUUCCCUGGUGUCUGGGCCAACACGAAGCAAGCCCCUAGUUUCAGAGAGCAGGAGGACUGGCAGCAUGUGGGCCCUCUCUGUUGGUUGGAUCCCAGAAGGCUCAGCUCCCAAGAAAGAUGAGGAGGGUGGUUCAGGAGCCAUUGCUGGUUCCUUAGGUACAGUUUGUUGCCCUGCACUAUGAAUGGAAACAAGAUGCUGGAUUGUCCUUGAAAGAGAAUUGAGACGAAUAUAUGUGUACCUCACUUUACACAAGAAAUGUAUUCCUGAUAAGCUGCCUUUAUAUCAAAUCCCAAGUUAAAUGACCUGGGGGAGGUCAGUAUUUAAAGGAACCUUAUGCAGAAUCCCUGUACAAUGUGAAUAAUCAUCUCCUAAUUUAUUUUUUCUGUAUCUUUAUGUUUUUCUAUAACCUGCAUUUUUUAAAAGCAUAUUAAAAUUACAGAUAUGAAAAUAAGGCAAAAGCAACCUUCUUUUCCCUUCUUCCCAAGAAUCCAGCCUAUGUUUACAAGCAGAAGAGCAAGAAAGCCACAGUGUCAUUUUCCACAAAAUUAUUUCAUGUCUUUACAGGACACAAAAUUUAAAUUGCAAUGUCAGUUCUCCAGGUAGGUUGGCAGUACCCUGCUGCAAAACAUUGAAAGAGAUUGUUUUGUAUUAGAGAAUUAUGCAAAAGGAAAAAAAGUUUUCAAGUGUUGGUUAGUAGCAGUUUUUUAUUCCACCAGUUUUUAAUUAAAUGUUCAGUUCCUAGGGACUGAAGUAAAUUAGUGUCUAUGAUUAACCUACUCUGUCUCUUGUUAAAGAAUAAAUCGGUAAUUCUUGGGGCCAGCAGAUUGCCCUCCUAGUCUGCAUAAUUGUACAGUACAGCCUAUCCUCACAUUUCAGAUCCUGUUGAGAGUAUGCUACGGGACCAACCUUGAAAAUAUAUGUAUUGAUUUUAAGUUGUUGAAUGUGCAGCAUUUUCAAAAGUUGUCAGUGUGUUCCUACUCCAUGCCAAACACUGGGCUGGGGAACCCCGGGAAGAUACAAAUUUGUCUAAGGCAAGAUUUCUCUCUUUAAGGUUCUUAUAAUCUACCAGUGCCAAAAAAGUAUACAGAGAACUUUGAGAAAACACUUGGCAGAAACUCUAUGUUUAAAGUGGCAUUCUAGCUAUGCAGACCAUAAAUUGAUUAGAAGGCCAGCUGAUGUACUACCUGAAGUAAUGUUCUUUGUCUUCUCAAUUUAUUGUUUAAGGACGUUCAGUGCUUAAUAAUAGUGGGUAGGGUCCAAGAUUGAUUAGUUUUAUACAGAGUUCUGCUGUGAACAAUAGUAAUUUUCCAUAUGAUUAGACCAUUUUGUCCUAAAGGAUCCCUCAGUCCUGCUCAGGUACAACAGCUGAAUCAUAAAUCAUUUGAAUUACUGAGGUGCAGAAGGGAUUAGAAAAGACACAAAGUGCUCAGCACAGUUCCUGGUGCAUAGGAAGCACUUGGAAAACAUUAGCUGUGAUUGUCAUCAGUCAUUUUAACAAGGAAGGAGCCAAGGUCCGACUCCUUGAGGGACUUGCCCAAGAUUACAGUAGUAAUGGCAGAACUAGCUGUGUUUGUGCAUGUCACGACCCCUUUGAGCCUCUGUUGCUUGACCUGCAAAAUGAGGGGGUUGGACAAAAGCAUCUCUGGGACCUUCUAGUUCCACUUGCUAUCGUUCUAUUGAGCUUUCAUCUCCCACUGUGCCUUCCUUAUAGACUGGAAAUGACUUAACGCCCAACAGCAAUAAAAUUUAAACUGACAGAAGACCAGGCACCAGAGAGGGAGAAUCUGAUUAUUAUUUUAAAACAUAUAUUUUUAAAAAUUUUAAAAAUCUCAGAUGCCAAGGAGAGGAGUCAAGUCUUUGGUAACUUAUAUGGUGAAUAAUUGCAUUGAGUAAGUUCUAAAUCAUCCUUGGAUAUGUCUCAGGGACUUCUUUUAUGCUACAUAUUUUCUUAUAACAAGUGGAGCAUUUAUGUAUAUAUGUAUAAAAUAUAUGUUAUUUUGACAACAUGAUUAAAGU